AUGGAGGAGCCUAGCGAUGAAGAAGAAGACAUUGAUAGUGACAGUGAUACACUCAUGCACAAAGUAGGUAAACAAUUUGUGAAGCCUGGGUGCUUGUCCCAGAAGCUGACGGGAUACGAAAGGCAAAGGCAAAAAAGGAUUGAAAUGAACUCAAUGAGAUUAGAGGCUCUUGGCAUACCAGGUAUGUCCAAGGCAUUGUUUGGUUCAAAUCAGAAUGGUAAUGAAGGACCGAACAAGAUUAGCAAUGGCGAUGAUGAUGAUGAUAAUUUUGUGUUUUUUUUGCGUUCUCUUUAUCUAUCAUUAGCAGGUUUGUCUUAUGGCCUAAAGUAUUUAACUAUUUUAGCAGGUUCAUCAUCAAAGCGCGUGCGGGGUAAGACAGUUGGGAAAGGAAUUGAUAAGCUCAUUGCCCAGAAUGGCGGAGAAAAGCUUUCUGUUCCAGUACUUGAUGAGUGGAAUGCUUUAUGUGGUAUUAAUGCCCCAAAGGUAGCCAGUCUGUUGCGGGUGUAUAUUAGGAGAAUGUGUCCAAUUAAGGGCAUACCGACGUGGCGGCAUGUAGACGAGGCUACUCAAUCUGCUAUCAUACAAUCUGUCCUUGACAAGUUCAAAAUCUCGGAUGAUUAUCAUGGCAAUCUAGUCAUCCAUACGAACAUGUGACUCAAGAGGAUUGGCGCCACUUAAUUGACGAUGUGUGGAAAAGCAAAGAACACAAGGUAACUUACAUAUUUAGUGCUUCAGAGUUUAUAAGUAAAAUAUUUGAUCAUAAUGUUUUCUUUAGAUUUUUAAUUUGUAUUUUUUUUGAAGGUGAGAUCAAAAG